CGUUUUCCAGCCAUGACUGAUAUCUACACGAAGGAGUUGCGUGAAAUGGCCAAGACGGUGGGUGCGGAAAUGCAUAUUGAGGACUACCUGCAUGAGGGUGUCUAUCUGGCUGAGAUGGGGCCCACCUACGAGACGAUUUCAGAGUCGAGAUUUGCCAGACUAACUGGUGCUGAUGCGGUUGGAAUGAGCACAGCACACGAGACCAUUGUGGCAAAGCACGUUGGCAUGAAGGUCUUUGCAAUGUCUCUCAUCACCAACAAAAUUGUCAUUGAGGAAGACAGCCAGGUAAUCUGCACCCAUGAUGAGGUUCUUCAAACUGCUGCGAUGCGUGGUGAGGUAAUGAAGACGUUUGUCAUGAAAAUGAUCGAAAGAAUCCUACAAUGGAAUUUACCAGCCGAUUGUCAGGGUGUAACGGUGUCCUAUCUUCCUCCACGUUCGUGCUCUUGGCAUCACGCCUUUUAUCUGACACCUAUUGAAAAUGAUUCUACAAGUGAUUUUAGCAGAACCCAGGAGAGAGGUGGUGGGCGAUUCGGUCAGGAGAUGUACAACACCAAUGGCCUUGCUGUAGGAAAACAGCUUACUGAUGAGCACAUGUGGAUGGGACACAUCGCACCUCCAUCGUCACACACACACACACACACGCACAAACCUCCUAUGGACUUCUACGAAGACGCCACAACUGCUGCUAACUUCAUCAAAUCAAAGGUGCCUCUCACACCACAAGUCGGCAUCAUCUGUGGCUCCGGACUGGACAAGGUGGCCGACGCCGUCUCCCAACCCAUCCGCAUCAAGUAUGCCGACAUCAAGCAUUUCCCCAUCACCACUGUCAAAGGCCAUCCCGGUAACCUCGUGUUCGGCAAACUCGCUGGCAAAUAUGUCGUCGUCAUGCAGGGUCGUUUCCAUCCCUACGAGGGCUACCCAAUGAGUCAGGUCACUCUGCCCAUACGAGUGAUGAAGUUGUUGGGUGUGGAGACCCUCAUUGUCACCAAUGCAGCAGGUGGUCUCAACCCCGACUACAAUGCGGGCGACUUGAUGAUAAUCAAGGACCACAUCAACUUGCUUGGGAUGACAGGCUUGAACCCCUUGGUUGGACCCAAUGAUGAGAGAUUUGGACCGCGUUUUCCAGCCAUGACUGAUAUCUACACGAAGGAGUUGCGUGAAGUGGCCAAGACGGUGGGUGCGGAAAUGCAUAUUGAAGACCACCUGCAUGAGGGUGUCUAUCUGGCGGUAAUAGGACCCAGUUACUCAACCACUUCAGAAUCGCAAUUUCACAGGCUGAUCGGUGCUGAUGCGGUUGGAAUGAGCACAGCACACGAGACCAUUGUGGCAAAGCAUGUUGGCAUGAAGGUCUUUGCCAUUUCAGUCAUUACUGACAAGGUUGGACUUGGCGAAGACACGGAAGUUGCUUGCACUCACGAAGACGUUCUCCGAACUGCUGUCAUGCUGGGACACAUCGCACCUCCAUCGUCACACACACACACACACACGCACAAACCUCCUAUGGACUUCUACGAAGACGCCACAACUGCUGCUAACUUCAUCAAAUCAAAGGUGCCUCUCACACCACAAGUCGGCAUCAUCUGUGGCUCCGGACUGGAUAAGGUGGCCGACGCCGUCUCCCAACCCAUCCUCAUCAAGUAUGCCGACAUCAAGCAAUUCCCCAUCAGCACUGUCAAAGGCCAUCCCGGUAACCUCGUGUUCGGCAAACUCGCUGGCAAAUAUGUCGUCGUCAUGCAGGGUCGUUGCCAUCCCUACGAGGGCUACCCAAUGAGUCAGGUCACUCUGCCCGUACGAGUGAUGAAGUUGUUGGGUGUGGAGACCCUCAUUGUCACCAAUGCAGCAGGUGGUCUCAACCCCGACUACAAUGCGGGCGACUUGAUGAUAAUCAAGGACCACAUCAACUUGCUUGGGAUGACAGGCUUGAACCCCUUGGUUGGACCCAAUGAUGAGAGGUAG